CAUAACUUUGAUAAUAAGAUUGAGAACAUACCUUAGGAAACAAUUUCAGUAUCAUCUGGAACAUACCUAUAUACUGAAAACUUGUUUUCUAUUGAGGUGUUCAUCUCUAGACCAUUAUACCUCAAAAAUCCUCAAAACUUUAUAGUUGUGAUCACCAACCAUGAGUAAAGCUUUGACAACUUUGUUGUUUUCUUGUAUUCUGUUCUCUCUCUCUGUUUCAUCCUAUGCUCAGACCUGUAAGUCCUACACUUUUUCCUCUAACACGGUAUAUGCCUCAUGCCAAGACCUUCCUGUACUGAAUGCAUUCCUUCACUAUAACUAUAGCAGUACAGCCAACACACUUGAUCUUGCAUAUAGAGUCACUGGAGCCACAGCUACAAAUUGGAUUUCUUGGGCUAUCAACCCUAAUGGACAACAAAUGGCAGGGUCACAAGCCCUUGUGGCCUUUCAAAACUCUUCUGGAGCCAUGCGGGUAUUUACAUCCUCAGUAGCAAGUACUAGUAUUGCUACGCUCUCAGAGAGUGCUUUGAGCUUUGGGGUGUCUAAUCUCAAUGGAUCAUUUGUGAACGGUGAAAUGACCAUAUUUGCUACUUUGACACUUAGUAGUGGCAUGACAACUGUGAACCAAGUCUGGCAAGUUGGUCCAGUCAGUGGAGAUAAUCCUCAAUCGCAUGAUACCAGUUCCAAUGCAGCUAACAUGCGAUCAGUGGGCACUUUGAAUCUUCUUAAUGGAACAACAGCUUCAGGAGGAGGAACCAGUUAAUUAACUUCUUGUUGCAGUUCAUUUGUAUGCCGGUUAUAACCUCAGCUCAAGUCUAAUCAUUUUAUGAUUAAUUUGUUUUAAGCUCGUCUUAGUUAUAGUGAUAUAAUAAUAAUAAACCUUUAUUGUAACA